GCUCUCGUGCAAAGCGCAUCGUACCGCGGACAUAUCGCAUCCGCAUCGUAUUCGUAACGUAUCCAACCCCAAAGAUCGAAAACGAGUUUCGCAAAAGAGCAAAGAGCCGAGCGGCCAUGCCUAUAUUCCAUAUCGAAUAACUGAAUAGCCGACCAAUAAAGUGUUACUUGGCACAUCCAACAACCAACUUACAAUAUCCAGCAUCCAACUAGCUCCGUUGCAGUGGCCUAUAUUCAAAAUAGAUCAGAGAUCCACUCGCGAGGCAGGAGGAGAUGUGGAUGAGGUGGUGACGAGGAGCUGCGGAGGAGAUCGCCAUGUGAGAAGAGCAAAACUAGUUUCCCAUUUGCGCGCUUAUGCUAAGUAAUAAUAAUAAAUAAGCGCAGUAGUCUCUGGCUUGUCGUUCGAGAAGUGACCUAAAAAUACUGGUUUCGAGUGCGGUUUUUGGCGUGAGAACGCGCAGCACAGCGAAGGCACCACCACCACCAGCACCAAUGGCCACCACAGCCGCCGGAUCAGCAGCCACCAUCACCACCACCACCAGCACGGUGGUGGUGAAGCGGCCAGGACCACCAGUGCCGCCCAGGCCCAAAACAGCUGCCCAGAUGGCCAAUGGAGCUGGAGCUGCCCCUCCGAUCAUCCAGAAGAAGCCCACCUUCGUGAGCCAGCUGAGUGCAGUGGGUCGCACCUUGGUCUACAAGUCGCCAACGGUCAGUCUGCCCAAGAAACAGGCCCAGACACAGACGCCCACCACGGCGGUGCCAACUCCGCCGGUGAAGCCACUGAAGCUGCGCAAGGCACCGGAUGUGCCCACGGCCAAGCCCAGGGAUUCAAUGACCUCGGUGGUCACGGUCAACCGUCAUAACUCGAUAAGCGUGAUCGGGAGCAGCCCACAGACCACGCCCCGCAAGGACACACGCUUGAGCCUGGGUAAGGUGGACUUCGAAAGAGCUGGCCUGCAGCCGGCCAGUCAGCCACUUCCCAGACCACGGAAAAUAGUCCAAGUGCCCGUGGCCACUCUGGAUGUGGAAGACAUCCCAGUGGUGGCGCCCAACCCAUCAAACGGACUCUUCAGGAGAUCAAAGACCACCCUGGACGGCUGUCAGAAGGAGGUGGCAUCCUCCCCGCACAAUGGCGGAGGAUUCCUGUCCGGACGGACUGUGGAAAUCAAGAACAAUCUGAAGAACGCCGCCGAGCGUCUGUUCUCGGAGAUAAUCAUCAACCAGAGCCAGAAGCAGGCUGCCACCGACACCACCAUCAUAACCAAGCACGAGGCCCUGAAGCAGGAGUCCGAUGUCCUGGCCAUCCAGUCCUCGGACAACUGCAUGAGGAUCAACGUGAAUGGCGGCCAGACCAGCACCAUGAAGAGCUCGAUCAGCGUGGGCAACACGCCGCAAAAGAAGCAGGCCUUCCACGAGAUGCUCAUCUCGGAGCUGGCUGCCAUGCGGAACAAGUCCUGCUCCCUGGAGCAGCUGCCCACCGCCACAUCCCUCCCGCUUCCACCCACCACUUCCACGCCCAAGAGCUUGGCAUCACGCAGGCGCUAUAACUCCAUAGAUGAUGCCGAUACCGAGGACGUGGAUGCGGACAACGUGGAGGAUGCCGAUGGCGACGUCGACGAGGAGGACACCCUCACCUAUGCGGUCAACAAAUCGCUGAAGGAGAACAUUGGCAAGGACGGCUCGUCCUCGAGGAAGCGCUGCCCCUCGGGCUGCUCCACCGACUCCUCGCCGUACGGAACGGAGCGAUCCCAGCGCAUUCGCACCUCGGAUUGGAUCGAGGUGGGCGACAACGGAACGGCAGUCACUCUGACCAGCUGCCACAUCAGUCUGGAGGACUCGGGCAUGGAGGACGAGGAGCGGCUGGACGACAUGUCCUCGGGAGUGGGCGACAGCUGGGACAGCGUCAAGGAGGCCGAGAGCGAGAAGCGUUCCCGCAACGGAAAACGUGGAAACUCGGUCUGCGAGCUGCCCCCGCUACCAAAAUCUCUCAUUGGCUUCAACAAGCUGUUGUGCUCCGAUUCGGGACUCCUGAGUGAUGUGGAGGGAAACAAUAACAGCAGCGAAACAAACCGAAAACCAAACGACACUCACGCUGGGGAGAUCCAGGAUACCAAGGAGCAUGCCAGUGAUAGGUCACUGCCUGGCUCGCCGAACGGAAACACAUCCACAGCACCAACUGCGGCCAAAUCCGAGGCCAAGUCCCCCAGCUUAUCCGCCAAAGGAAACCCCCAAGUGGUCGAGGCGGGCAGCACUCUGGAUGCCCAGAUUGCGACGCUGCGGAAGGAAAUGAACGGACUGCGUCAACUAGAUCUCUCGUUGUUGUCACAACUGUGGGUGCUUAACGAAUCGAUCCAAGAGUUCCGCGCCCUGAUCGAAGAUCAGGAGAACGAGGAUGAGGACGACGAGGUGGAGAAUGGCAACGAGUUGGACGAGGAGGGCAACAGCCGGGUCUCCUCGUCCAUUGAGUCGGUGCGUUUGGAGGGCGGUGCGGAUGCAGAUGCCAUGUCGAAGCAUCUGGGAACCAUACCAAAGGUCAUAACGACGCAGCCAAAGGUGCUGAGGGACAAGGACCAGAAGCCGGUGCCCAGGAUGCGGAGUGCCCCGCCACCACCACCUCCAGCCGUGCUGCAAUCCUCCUCCCUGGAGCGAAAACCGCCGGCUCCGUCACGACCCACAUGAUGUUACCUCUCGGACUUCCUCGCCGGAGUCAGGAUGGUCAUGUGCAAGGCGAUCGUGAGCGAUGUGCCCGUCUCCGCCUCCGCCUCAUCCGCAUCCGCAUCUGCGUCUGCGUCCGCGUCCCUUGGAGGCGGCGAUGGAGCCCCGCCGAGCUGUUUGGGCAACCAGAGUGGCCUGGUCCAGGCAUAGUUUUAGUUGAUAUAUCCGAUAAUGAAGGUGUACGAGCGAUUACGAGCGAACUGAUCCAAAUUCUGGGUGCACUGGCAGCAGUACUCGAAGUGCCCACAAAAAGAAUGCAGAAUCCAGAUGCGAAGCCUAGAUUAUCUGCUGCUUACCUCAAUUAUAGGAAGACCCAACAUAAUAUGUAUAUGUAAUUGGUAGAAUUCGUAAGACCAGCCUCUGUGGUUAGGAGUCCUUUGUGAUCUUCAGUUGUAAGUUUAUUGUACAUUUUUAUCUUGUGGUUUGGGCUGAUGGGUUUCACCAAUAACAUUUGUUUUUGUUUAAUAGCCUUACUCGUUAAGCUUAGCUCUCGAAUGCUGUGUAUCCUGGAUCGUUCUGCGGAUCCUGUGCAUUUGACCAGUAACAUUUGUAUAUAGCGAUUUUCCUGGCUAGCUGCUGAACAUUUUAUAAACCUAACGAAGAGCAUAAAGAAUAAAAAAAACUUGAAAGAA